UCCUCGCGCUGCCGGAGCCGCCUCAGUGCGGGCGGCGCGAGUGGAUCCGCUGGAUCAUGGCUGAGCAGCGACAGGAUAAGGCGGCGCUGAUAAGCGAGACCCGGCGGCGUUUCGAGGCGGAGUACCUGCCAGAUAAAUCAGAUAAAUAUGAUUCCAGAGAUGUGGAGAGACUUCAGCAAGAUGAUAAAUGGGUUGAAAACUACUUGAUUUGGCGUCAUGAUGUUGUGGAUGAUACUUUAAAGAUGAUUGAUGAAAGCUUUCAGUGGAGGAAAGAAUACACAGUUAAUGACUUGUCAGAAUCUGUCCUUCCAAAAUGGUUAUUUGAAAUUGGUGCUCUCUUUCUGCAUGGAUAUGAUAAAGAGGGCUAUAAGUUAUUUUGGUUCAAAGUGAAACAUCAUACAAGAGAUCAUAAACAGCAACUUGACAAAAAGAAACUGGUCGCUUUUUGGUUAGAACAUUAUGCCAAGAGAGAUCAUGGAAAGCCUUUGACAGUGGUAUUUGACAUGGCUGAAACUGGAAUCAGUCACAUAGACUUGGAUUUUGUCCGGUUUAUUGUCAACUGUUUUACAGAUUAUUACCCAAACUUCCUCACAAAGAUAGUAAUAUUUGAAAUGCCAUGGAUAAUGAACGCUGCUUUUAAAAUUGUGAAGGGUUGGCUUGGCCCCGAUGCAAUAAGCAUGUUAAAGUUCACAAAUAAGAGUGACGUGCAGGAAUACAUCAGUGGAGAGUAUCUACCACCUCACAUGGGUGGAACUGAUUCUUUCAAAUACAGUUAUCCUCCAUUGGUUGAUGAUGAUUUUCAAACUCCUUUAUGUGAAAAUGGGCCCAUUACAAGUGAAGAUGAGCAUGAAAGUAAAGAAGAGAUAGAUGCAGACACCAAGGAGGCUGGGGAGCUGAAUGAAGCACAAAACCUUAAUCAGAAAAAGAUGAAUUCUAUAGAACAAAUUUCCAAAUCAGAGGAAACUGACAAAACAGAGGUCAAACCAAAAAAUGCAAAGAAAGCAUUAACCACUUUUAAAGGACCUUUAUUACAUAUCAGCCCAGCAGAAGAGCUAUAUUUUGGAUCCAAAGAAACUGGAGAGAAAAAAUGUUUGAUAGUUCUCACAAAUGUCACGAAAAAUGUAGUGGCUUUUAAAGUGAGAACUACUGCACCUGAGAAAUACAGGGUUAAACCCAGUAACAGCAGCUGUGAACCUGGCACAUCAUUAGAUAUAAUAGUUUCUCUUCAUGGUGGUUUUGCAGCUUCUUUGCAGGAUCGUUUCCUUAUAAUGGCAGCAGAAAUGGACCAGUCUUCUGGAGCAGGUGUGCCAGAACUGACUCAGUUUUGGAAAGAAGUCCCUAGGACCAAAGUGAUGGAACACAGGCUCAGGUGUCACGUCAUAGAAAGCAGUAAGCCCUCUUCUCUGACGUUAAAAGACAAUGCAUUUAAUAUUCCAGCAAAAACUAAUGAAGAUCUGCAUAUACAGGUAAAAGAGUAUUCCUUUGUGCUGAAUAUUCAGCAAAAUGAUAGAAUAUGCAAGAGUUAA